AUGGCCAGUAACACUGCUCCCAACAUCCCACAUCAGCCUGCAUUGGAGUUUGAACACCCUCAAGAGUUCAAAACUGAGUUCCACCCACGUAGUGGCUGUGAAACACUUUAUCAAAAGUUCGAGGAGUUCGGUGUCAUCCCAGAGACACGAGCACCUCCUGCGGACGAAGUACCUUGGCGCCCAUUCCAAUCGCGCGGAGAUUUUGAGUUCUCCGAAAUCGUGCUUGAUGCUGCUCUCAAUAAGGGCCAUGUUGACAGGCUUCUCAGUCUUAUUUCUCGCAUAGCACAGGGCGGCACUCAGGUAACACUGAGAAAUGAGGCCGACCUUCGCACGGCAUUAGAUAAUGCUGCGGCCGAGUUGACACCGUUUACCAAACAUGAAAUUACGGUACCAUACAAGAAGGAGCAACAAGUUUUCGAGGUACACGCAAGGCCGUUAUGGGACUGGGCCCUUGACCUUUUGGAAAACCCGCUACUCGCACCAUAUUUUGUUUGGGAUGCGCAGCGCGUCUACAAACACAAUGGAACGAACUUUGAGCGUUUCUUCAGUGAACCGUGGACAGGGGACCGGUGGUGGGAUAUCCAAUCGCAUCUCCCAUCAGAUCUCGCCAAUGCUGCCCCUUUUUGCUUCAUCCUGUAUGCAGACAAGACCAAGCUGUCUUCGCAUGGCACUGUGAAAGGAUACCCGGUUGUGGCUCGCUGUGCAAAUCUACCCGUGGACAUUCGAAAUGGCGAGGGGAUUGGCGGUGGUCGGGUUGUUGGUUGGCUACCAAUUAUUGACGAAGAAGCAUCUGAACACGGGAAACCGGGAUACAUCAACGUUAAGCGUGUCGUAUGGCACGAAUCGCUCAUCAAGCUUUUUUUCAACCUCGCGCACUAUUCAAAGACCGGAUAUUCGUAUACGUGCUACGACAAAAUAAUGCGCUGGUUAUUCCCUGUAAUACUAAUACUUUCCGCAGAUUACGAAGAGCAAUGCAUGAUGUCUCUUAUUCGUGGUGUGCAAUGCAAAUGCCCAUGUCCCGUGUGCCUUGUGCCUCUCGAAGAACUUUCCGACUUGUCCAAGACAUUCGCAAUCAGGUCCCCAAAGGAUGCGCAGGCUGCGCUCGAGGUUUACAGACGCAACAAAACUCAAGGCGAGCAGCUUUUGAAAGUGCUAGGAUUACGCCCGGUUACUAAUGUAUUCUGGUCUAUUGAGCGCUCCGACCCUCACGAUGCACUGAGCAUUGACAGGUUGCAUACAGUGCAUAGCGGUAUGGGAGGGCACCAUUUGUUGGGAGAGUUAAAGACGAUUCUUGAUGAUCUUGGACGUGAAGCCCAAGCGGCAGUUGAGAAAUUUGUCGAGGAGUUCCCUCGAUGGUGUCAUCUCACUCAUUUCACGACCGUCAUCCACGUCACAUUUACCGAUGGUAACAAGAAGCGCGAUCUGGUCAUGCAAGCGUUCUAUGCAGCGCUCUCCGUUUUGACACGCAGGGCCAGCUCAGAAGGCUAUCGCCUUCUUCGUGUCAUUUGCAGCUAUUUACAGCUGGACAGCUUGAUCGGGCUUGACGUGCAUACAGAGCAGACACUUGCAAUGUUAGAUGCCGAAUUCCUUGCCUUUGAUGCUGCUCUCAAGGACUAUGUGGAAUAUGCUACAACUUCAUCCAUUGAAGGUCUCAAGACAGACUGGAACUUCCCGAAGGCACAUAUUUGGAUACACGCACGACGCGAUAUCACAAGGAAAGGUGCAGCGCGUAAUUUCAGUACGCGCCCUAAUGAAAAACUCCACGGUCCCCUCAAAACAGCCUAUCUUCGUCGCUCAAACGGCAAAGAUGUUGCUAAACAGAUACUUCGUGUGGAUCACCAUAAAUGCGCGUCCUUGCUUUUGCGAGGACGUGUGGAUACACUCGACGAACAGCAUCGCCUGCAGGCCUUGGGUGAAUCCGCGGAUGAGGAUGACAUUGGCCACAUUGCCUUUGAUGGACACAUCAAGCUCGGCUCUCCUCAAAAUUGCUCUACUAUCCAGGAUAUUGAAAUGAGGCUGGGCGUCCAGGAUCGAGCAUUUCAAGGCUUCCGCAGGAAAUUUACUGAUUUCAUCAACACGUCACUGCCAACCUAUGGGUACCAGUUGACGAGAUGGGUGACCAUUCCGGCUGAUUUCCAGAUCUAUGAGCAUCGCUACGUCAAGGUUAAUUAUGAGAAUGCCGUUGACUGGAGGCAGUCAACAGACCACCUCUGGUGCAAUCCAUCUUUCCAUGGACACCCGCGCUUCGAUUGUGCGCUCAUCCAGCUUACCGCAGAAAGGGCCAUCUUCGUACGGCUCAUACUAAUGUUUAAAUGUGAAGUUCCAGAUGUUGGCGCUUUUCAAUUCGCACUCGUUCAGCCUUAUACCGCUGGGAUUGUUGGCGGUUCACGCAGGAUUGACCGAGACCUGAGGCUUACUCGGGUCAAAGCAGUCCCCAGAGCUGAUUCAAUUAUUGUCCCGCUCAAGUCCUUCAUUCGAGGAGCCCUUUUGUCUCCCGAUCCUCAACACCAAGGCGAGUAUUUGGUUGUCGAACAUGUUGAUAGUGAUAUGUUCGUCCGUAUGAAGACCUGGGCGCGUUGA